AUGCUCUCUCGCUCUGCUUUCCGAGCUGCCUCUAUGCUGCGCAGCGCCUCUGCUUCUGCGGCACCCAAAUUCGCAGCCCCCAUGGGCGCGCGUACGGUCACUAACCUCUCCAAGCACCUGUACACUGCGCAUGCUCGUGCCGAAGGCGCUGGUCGCAACGGCCUUACCUCCCUCGUCGGUGAGGGCAGUGGACUGGAGGUGAAGCUCGGUAUGCCCCGCGAGCUCGGUGGGGAUGGCAAGGGCAACAACCCCGAGCAGCUCUUUGGCCUUGGCUACUCGGCUUGCUUCCUCUCUGCCCUCCAGCUCGUUUGCAGAGGAGAGAAGGUGAAGUUGCCAGAGGACACGACCGUCGAUGCGCUGGUCCAUAUCGGCCCUCCUGAAGGCUCCGAAGGAUUCGCCGUUGCCGUCGACUUGACUGUCAAGUCUAGUCUGGACGACAAGUCGAAGCUCAAGUCGCUGGUGGACAAGGCCCAUGAGGUCUGCCCUUACUCAAAGGCUACUCGCAACAACGUUCCCGUCACCCUCAAGGUCGAAUAA